AUGCGGAAGAGCAGCGGAGCCCACCGAUCAGCGGAACGAUCCGCGCAACCCCCGGAGGGAAUACGCGACCUUUACGGGGCUCCGCAGUUUGGUAAUGCGGCAACGAAUUACGGCGGAGAGGAGCAAUAUUACGAUCGUCCGCCACCAAUAGGAGCAGAACCAGGAGGGAAUGUUGCUCCGCCUCGGCGCUCCCACAGCAUCUCCCCGGCCGUGGGGAAGGGGGACAUGGCGCGCGGAAACGGGGAGCGCGCGGGGGGGAGCUUGGCGGCGGGUAUGGUGAUGGGGGAAGUAAAGAACCACACGGGGAGGGUCAAGGAUUCGGGUAGGGCUAGAGGCGGUAUGGCGGAAGCAGACAUGGGUCAUGCACGGACAGGUGCGGACAUGGUUCAAGGGAGGGUGUAUAGAAAAAUGGCGACGGAGCGAGAGAGAGGGAAGGAGGCGGAGAGGGUAAGACAGCGUGACCUCGAACGGGGAAUUUACCUUGGAGAUUUCGACAGAUCCGUAACGGAAACCGCAGCUGAGAGGGCGCAAUCGGGUGGUUUACCCUGGAAUGAUGUGGACCGAGCGCAUGAGCUGCUGGAUAGGCCGCCUACGGGGUCUUCCUCUCGCAGGCUUGCCAGUAGCAGUGGAGUCCGAAACAGGCCAGCUUCGUCGUCGUACCACAACCGAACCCAGCGGGCUGGCCACGCCAGGUUCGGCAGCAGCAUAGGCUUGGGAACAGGCCUGGGUGGGUUAGCGUCUGGGGCAGGUUCGGGAGCUGCAGGCUCGGGAGACCCCUUGGAGGGGUCUGGUUCGGAGGGUGGAUCGGACGCGGAGGAUUUUCUGAUGUCAGUUCCCCCUUCGGCUCUAGACGUUCUGCAGGGCAGCGGGCAGGCGAAAAAGAAACCUCCGGCCGGAAAUUGGAAGAGCCCUCUUUCGGGAGCAACACCAGGAGAGUCCCCAACCUCAUCUGGCGUUCCCUCUGCACGAUCUGGGCCGUUGAUCUCAUCAGGAUCUGUCCCAUCAAGAUCCCGAGGGACAUCUGCAGCGUCGAUUUUAAGGCAUGGAAGCUGGGAGCAGAGGGAGUUUGCCCAGCUGGCAGAGCAAUUCGGACUGGCAGCAGAAGAGGAGGGGAUAGGCGGGUUGGUGGAGGGUGGAAGGCAAGGAGGCGCAACUGGUGGGGGGGGACCUGGGGCAGGUUUAUCUGGCGCGGAUGGGAAGUGGAUGGGGAGGAGCAGCUCAGUUCCUGAGGCAGGCAAGACUGGAGGCUCGUGGGGGAGCCCUGGGGGAGUGGGAGGGGCGGGUCGAGCAGGAUUGGGAGGAGGGGAAGGAGUGGAAGGAGGGGGAGACACAGAGGAUAAGCCGGUUCCGCAGGUGGAGGAGGCAUCGUUUGAUCGCAAUUUGUCGCUGCACAAUGUGAUUAAAAAGAGAAUCAGCAGCCAUGCCGGGGAGGUGGGGCAGCAGUUUGCUCGCCUCUCCACGCUCCUCAAGAAGUCGUCGUCCACACCCAACGCACCUGGCAGUGCAGGCAGUGGGGCAUCAUCCGGGGGGAAACGGCCGGCGCAGGAAGGGAAGAAGCCGCCCAAGCCAGCCAAGAGCGGAUCGGACAGGCCGUCCAGUGGCAACCCGCUAGCCAGAACAUCAUCCAUGGCAGCAGAGUUUGGCGAUUUACCAGCACCCAAGAGAACUCACUAUCAGUAUUCUGAACUACAGGAUUUCUAUCAAUAUCCCCUCACCCGAUUCUCCAUUCCCAUCCGUCCUCCCUCGUCCAAUCUCCUGCUGCAGCUGGCGACCGAGAAUUUCAACGAGGCCAAUGUGUUGGGGCAGGGAGGGUUUGGAAAGGUGUACUAUGGCGUGUUGCCGGUGCACCCCGCUCAGGUUGUGGCAGUGAAGGUGCUGAAGCAAGGAGGGGGAGAGCAAGGCGAUGAGGAGUUUGUGACAGAGCUGGAGCUGCUGAGUCGCCUGGAGCACAAGCACCUGGUGAAGCUGAUGGGGUACUGCAUGCGCAAGAACCAACGGCUGCUAGUAUACGAGUUCCUGCCCAACGGCAGUCUUGCCGACCACUUGCACGGCAAAAAGGUCAGGCAAAACGGGCCUCUGUCGUGGGAGAAGCGGCUGAAGAUUGCCGUUGGAUCGGCGAGAGGGUUGAGGUACCUGCACUCUCAGCGGCCACAGGUGCUGCACCGAGACGUGAAAGCUCCCAACAUUCUCAUCACUGACAGCUACGUGGCCAAGGUGGCGGAUUUCGGGUGUGCGAAGCUGAUCAAGCAGACGAUCCUAGUAGAGGACCCCAACACGGGCGAGAUGGUGGAGACGCUGGGGGAGAACGUGGAUGUGGCGAUGGGCACGCACGGCCAUAUGGCUCCUGAGAUUCUCAUGACUGGGGAGAUCAGCGCUGCUACUGACGUGUACAGGUGA